CUCCUCCUCCUCCUCCUCCUCUUUUGCUUUCUCUCAUCUACUCAUCUCCUCAUCUCUUUCUCUUUCUCUCUUUCUCUCUCCCUCUCCUUUUCUGCACACAUACACACACACACACACACGAGCUUCCAUCCACCCUCUCUCCCCUCACUCUCCAUUCCUCACCUCCCACCUCUCCACCUCCUCACCACCACACACGUCUCCUCUCCCACUUACCCCUCCCUCUCUCCCCUCCUCCCUCCCACUCCACUCUCUAACCCCCCAACGGCCUCUUCAGACGCCAUGAGCAACCCUACCCAACCCCACAACGGCUCUGCAACAGCCCCCGACCCUCGCCCACUCAAUCUCACAACUGGCGUCCCACCAGUCCUCACACAGACCCCAGCCACUCCUAUCGAACCUCCUCCCCAGCAGGGUAAGACCCAGCCUGCACGCCUUCGCCGUCUCGCAGCCAAACCACUCAAGCCCCUCAAGCUCGCCGCGUCGGCAAUCUCAUCUGCGCGUCACGGCGGCUCCACACCUAUCCCCGGUACGCCCAGCCACGAGGAAGACAUAGUCUUGGACGCACGCCUUGGCCCACAGCCACACCGCUCCGGUACCGCGUCUUCCUUUGGCUCCCUCAGCGACGCACAUCUCGACGCAGAGCCCAAGGUUCGCAAGCGACUCAGCUUUACCCGCAAGAAGGAGUCACCUGCCGCGUCCCUCGACCCUGUGCAGGUCGCUUUGGCCGCGCGCGGACCCCGGCGUCCCCUGGACGGUGAGGAACCGGCUGCCGUGUUGCGGGUGCGCGUCGUGCGUGCCGAGGAUCUCGUUGCCAAGGACCGCAAUGGCUUCAGUGACCCCUUUGUGUCUCUGACCUUGGCGCCGGCGACCCGAUUCACCACGCCUGUGGUCAAGCGCACCCUCAACCCUUCCUUCCCUCCAGAGUCGAGCACCUUUGACUACCCCCUUUACCUCAGUCUGGCCGCGGUGAUCGGCGGGCGUGGCCUCGAGGGCGUCAUGUGGGACAAGGACCUCAUGCGCAAGGAGUACAUGGGCGAGUUUAAUGUUGGUGCCGAGCACUGGUUUGGCGGCCACGACGUUCGUCUCUGGAACGAUAACCUUCCUGUCCAGUCGUUUGGGCUGAUCUCGUCGCGUCGCCGGCAAAAGGUCUCGGGCAGUGUAUCGCUCCAGAUUGGGUUCCUACCCCCUCCUGGUUGUUCGGAUUCAGCGGAUGCACUGAGCAAGGUGACAUCAAUCUAUGACUCUCUGCUGUCGCGCGCGUUCAUCUCUGGCGAAAACAUGAGCGUCUUGGGUGUUCCCGCGCACGAGGGCAUCGGUACAGUCAUGGUGUCUCGCGACGGCGAGGGCGAGCGCAAGUCGCGCUUCCAGGUCCUUGGGUCUGCGAUGACUGCCCCCUUCUCUGGCGAGAAGGAUGCAGACAAGAACCACCUCGUGUUUGACGAGUGCGAUUUUGGCGACGAUGGGCUGUCGAGCUCUGAUGAUGAGAUGGAGGACGCGCUUGAGGGCGAUGAGGAAAGCGACCUGCGCGAGUCACCUUUGGGUAUGGACCAGAGCCCAUUGGACUACGCUGGCGAGCAGCUGCUGUCGACUUCUCCUUCUGCUGGUCUCAGUAGUCGCCGCUCAAGCGGUGGCUCGACACCUGCGACGCCCAGCGCCACUACGUCGUCUCGCCGCCACCGCAUCUUCCGCCGCAAGGGUAGAAAGGGCAAGACGUUCCACCUGGCCCAGGGCCAGGACAAGGGUGUGCAGGGCAUUGUUGUGAUGGAGGUGUCCAACGCCACCGACUUGCCCAAGCUCAAGAAUGCCCUCCGCGUUGGUUGGGACAUGGACCCCUUUGUGGUCAUCUCCUUUGGCAAAAAGGUGUUCCGCACGCGUGUUAUUCGGCACUCGCUCAACCCCACAUGGGAUGAAAAGCUCCUGUUCCACGUUCACGAGCACGAGACGAGCUAUACCAUUCAAAUGGCGGUCCUCGACUGGGACAAGGUGUCGGGCAAUGACAUGGUUGGGCACUGUACUCUGCCCCUCGCCGAGCUCAUGGCGCUUGCACCAAAGCCCAACCCGGAGACUGGGCUUUACGCCAAGGGUGAAGAUGGCAAGCAUGAGAGCAAGGAGUUUACACUCCCGGUUGUGACUGCCAAGGACAAGUCGUGGGAGGCGCGUCACUCGCCCACGUUGACAGUGCGCGCCAAGUAUGAGCCGUAUGAUGCUCUGCGCCAGCGCUUCUGGCGCCAAUACACUCUGCAGUAUGAUGCGGACGACACAGGCACCAUGUCCUUUGUCGAGCUCACCACCAUGCUCGACUCGCUCGGCUCGACUUUGACAACCCAGACGCUCGAGAGCUUCUUUACCCGUGUCGGAAAGAACCCUGACAAUGGCGACGAGCUCACAGUCGACGAGGUUGUGCGCGCGCUUGAGGAGGAGGUCACAAAGCCGCCUGAUCAGAAGCGGAAGGUGACCACUCUGCACGACGUGGACACGCAAGAACUGAACGAGCGGCUGCUUGCGGGUUGGCCCAAGCCGCAGACGACGACGGACAGCAGUGAUGCCUCGACCGUUUCUGUGCGGGACGAGUCCAAGACAUCGACACUUCCGCCAUCGGAUGCCCACUCGCCGUCCAGUUCAGAUGCCGAGGACUCUUCAGAGCCUCAGACUGAGGAUCAGGUGGAGCGCGUCAUUAACAUCAAGGAGUGCCCGCUGUGUCGGCGCCCGCGCUUGGGCAAGCGCAGCGAGAAGGACAUUAUCACGCAUCUGGCUGUUUGCGCGUCGGCUGACUGGAACCGCGUUGACCGCAUUAUGGCGGCGAGCUAUGUCACGUCGAGCCAAGCACAGCGCAAGAUGCUCACCAAGCUGGUUAACAAAGUGGCUGUCGGGCGCUACUCGCUCGGCGCCAACUCUGCGAACACUAUUGUGCAAGACCGCUUGACUGGCCAGCUUCAGGAGGAGAAGAUGGCGGUGUAUGUGCGCAUUGGUAUCCGUGUGCUGUACAAAGGGGCUGGGUCGCAAAUGGCACGCGCGCGUGCCAAGAAGCUCCUCAAGUCGCUCUCUAUCAAGCAGGGUAUCAAGUAUGACUCGCCGGCAUCUGCGGCAGAUAUCCCCGGCUUCAUUGCGUUCCACCAUCUCAACGUGGCGGAAAUCGCGGACCCGCUGGACUCGUUCAAGACAUUCAACGAGUUCUUCUACCGCAAGCUUCGGCCCGACGCACGCCCUCUUGACGAGCCGGACAACCCUGGCCGUCUGGUCUCCAUGGCCGACUGCCGCAUGAUGGCGUUCAACACUGUAAGCCAGGCGUCGCAGAUCUGGAUCAAGGGUCGUGACUUUACGGUCUCGCGGCUUCUUGGCCCGCGCUACGCGCCCGUCGCGCACAAGUAUGAGGGUGGUGCGCUGGCCAUCUUCCGCCUCGCGCCGCAAGACUACCACCGCUUCCACUCGCCCGUGCGCGGGCGUGUCGGCAAGAUGACGCUCAUCGACGGCGAGUACUACACGGUGAACCCGCAAGCGAUCCGCUCCUCGCUGGAUGUGUAUGGCGAGAAUGUGAGGCAAAUCGUGCCUAUUGAGAGCGAGGAGUUUGGCACUGUGAUGACGGUGUGGAUUGGAGCGAUGAUGGUAGGCAGUAUCGGCACGACGGUGCAGGAGGGUGAGAUGGUCGAGCGCGGCCAGGAACUGGGCUGGUUCGCGUUUGGCGGAAGCACAAUCGUUACGCUUUUCGAGACUGGCCGGGUGAGCUGGGACCAGGACCUGCAGGACAAUGCUGCGGCGGCGAUUGAGACGCUGGUGCGCGUAGGCAUGGGCAUCGGGCGCGCC